UCAUUACGGUAUUCAGAAUAGAAACAAAAUAGUCAUCAUGGCGUCAACGGCAAAUGUUGCUAAAUAUUUAACCGAAGAAAAGAAAACAACCAACAAGGAAUUGGCUGAAGAAUGGGGACGUCUUGAAGAGCUUUACAACGAGAAAUUGUGGAACGAACUGUCCAUCAGAUUAAUUUCAUUCGUAAAACACCCGUCCCUUCAAUCCGAAGAGAGUUUGCUGCCAUUGUACCACAACUUUAUAUCAUCGUUUGAAACAAAGAUCAAUCCAUAUGCAUUGGUAGAAAUGUUGUACGUAGUCGUUGGAUUCAUCAGCGACAAAACUGAAGCUGUAAAGUUUUUGGAAAAAUUAGCGGAAAAAGUGAAAGUUAGCGAAGAAUCGGUGUGGUUUUGUCGUGUGUUGCAAGGGCAAAUCUAUUUGGAACAUUUGCAAGAUUUGGAUGCAACAAAAAAGAUUAUCGAAGAAUUGAAGGAAGUGCUUGAAGAAUCGGGUAACGUAACAGCUGUGCACGGAAAAUAUUUUCUAUUGGCAUCGAAUUACUAUCGCCGGGUUGGUAACUACAGUGACUAUUAUCGUUGUGGCUUACAAUUUUUGGGCUGUGCUCUCGAUGAUUAUCCAAAAUCAGAAUGGCCGCAGCAAGCAUUUUUCCUUGGUUUGGCCGCACUUUUGGGCGAAGGCAUUUACAACAUUGGUGAACUAUUGACACAUCCAAUAAUCGAUUCGUUGAAAGGUACCGAAAACGAAUGGCUCAUCGCUUUGCUUCAUGCAUUCAACAAUGGUGACCUCAACAAAUUCGAACAAAUGAAACCACAAUGGAGCCAAAUCCCCGAUUUGUUGGCACAAGAAGUGAAACUACGAAAAAAGGUCGCAUUGCUGUGUUUGAUGGAAAUGACAUUUGUUCGAUCGGCUGACAAACGAUCGAUACCAUUUUCAGAUAUUGCCGAGCACACCAAGUUGCCGUUGAAUGAAGUCGAAAUUUUGAUCAUGUCUGCGUUGGCUCAAGGUUUGGUACGUGGACACAUCGAUCAAGUUGCUGGCGUUGUCAACAUGACAUGGGUUCAACCGCGUGUUCUUAAUCGGCCACAAGUAGCCAGUAUGGCAAACACCAUUGAAGUUUGGAUGCAAUCAAUUUCAGCAAUGGAAAAACUCAUCGAAUCCAAAGCAAACGAAAUACUUACCAACUAAUUAUCAUAAUCUUCGAGAAUAGAUUUCUAUUUAAAACAAGCAUCCAUAUUAUUUUUUUCAUUAAAACUACCUACACAUUUUUUUGUUUGGAAAAAAAGAAAAUAAUUAAAACGAUGGUUUAAAAAAACACAAUGUAA